AUGUGCACAACAUUGAAAAAGCAACUUUGGGCAGUAUUUAUAUGGAACAUUGUAGCCUUGACCCUUGGACCGUCGCCCUGGAUACCCGCUAUUUUGACUCAAAGGUUCCCGCGCCAAUAUUUGCCAGUGGCGUUCAAACGUCAUUUAGACGGGUCGCAGCCUACAGGUGCAUUUUAUAUAAAAGCCUACAACUUGCACAAUUCCCCAGUCAACCUCUCUUUUUUUUUCCCACCCUCUGCACCUCAUUCUCAGACCACAUAUCACCUCUUCUUGACAGAACUUCACUGUAACCACUUCACAGCCAAACAUGCCACCUGUGAGUAUUUUCUUCGACAAAGGGUCUCUAGCCUGACCAACCACCUUCAGAAAAAGGCCGCAGCGAAAGGAAAGAAACGCGCUCGGACCCCAGAACCUGACCCGACCAGGGAGGUUGUCGACGUGGAUGCCGCCGGCGAGACACAGACCCAAGGACCCAACAAGCGCGUCAAAACGUCAUCCCCGAAGGAAAAUUCCGAGCCCCUUGAAGGAACUACCGAAAAGUCUUCGGACUCCGUCAACGAGGUCGCUUCCGUAGUCCCGAAGCCCACGGCCUCGAACGCUAUCGACAGGACCGCAGACCCCGAGAUCAAGUUCACCGGCAAAUUCGACUUAUACGGAAUGAAGCUUCCAUUCCUGCACAAAGUCUACUUGCCUCCGGGCAGCAAAACUCCGAACCAUGAAGAGCUCUACAAGACAAUCUUGACGUACCAAGCCAAGAAAGACAACACCGCCCAAAUCACCUUACCAGACGAACUUACCACCGGAGCGUCAGGCACCUUCAGGUCGUUCGUCCUCUGCGACCCAAUGGAGGAGUUGCCAUUCCCUAUCAAGAUUACGGGCAUCAACAAGACGGAGGUCAAGUUCACUUCAAGCCAGAUGGCGGAAUCUGUUCACAUUAGCAAGACGGUGCAGGGGCGGGGGGUGGCCGGAGAUCUCGAACUCGAUGAAAACAAUUGCGGGGUCUCGUCCGCGUCAGGGGAAAUCAAGAUGAGGCCGCUUUGGAGCAAGCUGUACGCGGAGGGGAAGAAUAUGGAACUGUUUGAAGGCUUCUUCUCGUUUGAUGUCUCGUAUAGUGGGAUGUAUCGGAGGAAGGGACAUGGAAGUGGUCGGAAUGUUGAGAUGGCGUUUUGGGCUGUUCGGGGGGUCGUUUAA